AUGUCGCUUCUUAUCAAAUUCGAGUCGAAAUCGGCGCGUGUUAAAGGUAUAUCAUUCCAUCCAACAAGACCGUGGGUAUUAGCGUCACUACAUAGUGGCGUGAUUCAGCUAUGGGACUACAGAAUGUGCGUUCUUCUUGAUAAAUUCGAUGAACACGAUGGCCCAGUAAGAGGCAUCUGUUUUCAUCAAGACCAGCCGAUUUUCGUUUCUGGAGGAGAUGACUACAAAAUAAAAGUUUGGAAUUACAAGCAACGUCGGUGUAUCUUCACACUACUCGGCCAUCUUGACUAUAUUCGAUCGACGUUCUUCCAUCACAAGUAUCCGUGGAUUAUAUCAUCUUCAGACGAUCAAACUGUGCGCAUAUGGAAUUGGCAGUCGCGGAACUCGAUUGCCAUUCUUACCGGACAUAACCAUUAUGUGAUGUGUGCGCAAUUCCAUCCCUCUGAAGACCUUGUAGCGUCAGCCUCUCUCGACCAAACCGUUCGCAUUUGGGACAUUUCAGGACUAAGGAAGAAGCAAUUACCUGGAGGAGGUGGAACCGUUCCUCGGCCAGGAACAGGAACCCAGUCGCAAGCAGAUCUGUUUGGGCAACCAGAUGUGGUCGUUAAACACGUGUUGGAGGGUCACGAUAGAGGCGUGAACUGGGUAUCAUUCCAUCACACUAUGCCACUACUUGUCUCAGGUUCCGAUGAUCGUCAGGUGAAAAUGUGGCGAUACAAUGAAUCUAAGGCGUGGGAGGUUGAUAGUUGCCGUGGUCAUUACAACAAUGUUUCCUCUGUUCUUUUCCAUCCGAAUGCUGAAAUAAUUCUUUCGAACUCUGAAGAUAAGUCUAUUCGUGUCUGGGAUAUGCAGAAGAGAACAAGUCUUCAUGUUUUUCGACAUGAGAACGAGCGAUUCUGGGUGCUGUCAGCUCACCCGAAUCUCAAUAUGUUUGCUGCUGGUCACGACAAUGGUAUGAUCGUCUUCAAAAUUCAACGUGAAAGACCAGCAUACUGCAUUGGUGAAAACCUGGUUUUCUAUGUCAAGGACAAGCAACUUCGUCGCCUUGAUCUUACCACCAACAAAGAUCAGGCAACAUGUAAGCUUCGCGCUGCUGCUGCUUUUAUGCAGCCGUACUAUGCGCUGUCCUACAAUCCUGCUGAAAACUCAUUUUUGCUUACAAGUCGUUCACACAAUAAGGAGCAAUGCUACUAUGAUAUCUAUAAAGUUGCGAAAGACUCCGAUGGAAACACUGAAGCUCCUGUUAGUCGCUCUCCGGGAAUAGCUGCUGUAUGGGUUGCACGCAACAGAUUUGCCGUUCUAGAUAAAAAUCAUCAGAUUUCUUUGCGUGACCUUGCGAAUAAGGAGGUACGUAAAAUAGAGAUGAACAUCCCGGUGGACGACCUCUUCUAUGCUGGGACAGGUGUUCUGCUGCUCAGAAACGAUGAUGGUCUUCAACUAUUUGACGUACAGCAGAAAAGAGUUAUGGCUCACGUAAAAGCUAGCAAAGUUCGCUACGUAAUUUGGUCCAAAAACAUGGAGCACGCUGCGCUGUUGUCCAAGCACACUCUAACACUUAUAAAUCGCAAACUUGAGGUUUUGUGCACGCAGCAGGAAUCGACUCGAAUGAAGAGUGGCGCGUGGGAUGACGGCGGUGUUUUUCUAUACACUACCUCUAAUCACAUUAAGUAUGCGUUAAUUGCUGGCGAUUGCGGCAUCGUUCGCACCCUCGAUUUACCGCUAUACAUUCUCGCUGUUCGCGGUAGUGUGCUCUAUUGUCUGAACAGAGAGGCCACGCCUGUUGAAGUGCCAGUCGAUGCAACCGAAUAUCGAUUUAAGUUAGCACUUAUCAAUCGUCGUAUUGAUGAAGUGUUAAAUAUGAUAAAAAGUUGUACGCUAGUGGGACAGUCGAUCAUAAGUUAUCUGGAAAAAAAAGGAUAUCCUGAAAUCGCUUUGCACUUUGUGAAAGAUGAGCGGACUCGUUUUGGUCUUGCUCUUGAAUGCGGGAAUCUUGAUGUCGCUCUGGAGGCUGCAAAGGUUUGUGAUGAUAAGGCCGUGUGGGAAGCGUUGGGUGAAGCGGCUCUCAUUCAAGGCAAUCAUCAGAUUGUUGAGAUGGCCUACCAAAGAACAAAGAAUUUCGAGAAAUUAUCCUUCCUCUACCUCGUCACUGGUAACACUGAAAAGUUGUCUAAAAUGAUGAAGAUCGCACAAAUGAGGAACGAUGCUCAUGGUCACUAUCAAACCGCCUUGUAUCUUGGCGAUAUAGAAGAAAGAAUCAAAGUACUAAAGGGUGUGGGACAGACUUCGCUGGCUUAUCUGACAGCGGCUACCCAUGGCUAUGAAGAGGAAGCUAAUCUUUUGCGCUCUGAACUGGAAUCGAGAGGACAGCCGAUUCCACCCGUUGAUGCCAACGCUAAGCGCCUUGUCCCACCGCCACCGAUAUUCCGAUUGGAAGAGAAUUGGCCACUUUUGUCAACUUCACGAGGUCCGUUCGAAUUUCUGGGCCUUGUUCCGCCUACCAAGGUGACUGGAACUGGUGUUUCCCAAAAACCAGCAGCAACUGCAUUUGCGAUUUCCGAUGAUGCUGAUGUACGUUUAAACUGUGAAGGAGAUUACUUGGUGGGUGAAGAUGGAGAAAUUGAGGUGGAUGAAAACGAUAUUAUCGCUGGAACUGCUGAAGACGGCGAAGGUGGUUGGGAUGUAGAAGAAGAUCUUGCGAUCCCAAAUGUGCCGAUUGCAAUAGGAUCUGAAGAUGUUGUUGUUCCGAAUCGUGCACAGCCACCGAGUUCGCAUUGGCCGUCGAACAGCCGAUUAGUUGCUGACCAUGUUGCUUCUGGAUCCUUUGAGUCAGCUUUUCGUUUGCUUCAUGACCAGAUAGGUGUUGUAAACAGGAAGCCUUUCAAAGAUGCUUUCUUAGCGGUCUAUGCAAGCUCGAAAGUCCUUUUUGGCUACCCGUUGAGAAAUUGGCAAGAAGCGAAUGGGUUACCAGCAAUAUCAGUGACGCUCGCUGAUUUGGCAUCACGAUUACAAGGAUGCUAUCACUUGACUACUGCUGGUAAAUUUGCUGAUGCAAUUGAUAAACUACGUAGGAUUCUGCUCUUCGUUCCCCUACUUGUGGUUGCUUCCAAGCAGGAGGUAGCUGAAGCUGAACAACUCAUUGAAAUAUGUAGGAAUUAUCUUGUCGGACUGGUAAUGGAAUGUGCGAGAAAAGAAAUACCGAAAUCGUCACCUGCCGAGUUAAAGCGAAAUGCAGAAAUGCUUGCGUAUUUCACACAUUGUGAACUUCAACCAAUUCAUCGAAUUCUUACACUGAGAACGGCUAUCAACGCUUUCUUUAAAUUGAAGCAAAUGCGAACCACCGCAUCGAUGUGCAAACGUCUAUUGGAGCUCGGUCCUAAACCCGAUGUUGCCGCACAGAUCAGGAAAGUGCUUGCUGCCGCUGAACAGGAUAAUAAGGAUGCUCAUGAGUUGGCUUACGACGAACACAAUCCAUUCGUUAUAUGCUCACGAAAUUUUGUACCACUCUACCGAGGAAAGCCUCAGUGUAAAUGUCCAUUCUGUGGAGCAUCCUUCUCUGCUGGUUUGGAAGGAACAGUUUGUGAUAUCUGUGAGGUGGCUGAGAUCGGGAAGGACGUUAUUGGAUUACGAAUUUCAUCACUUCAAAAAUAG